GGGAAAUAAAAUUAAUUUAUUAGCAACCAACCUCCACAAGACUUGACUUCUGUCAACAAAAAAACAGUCCAUCUUGUCUUAAAAUAUAUUACCAAAAUCCUCACAAUAAACCUAACACCCUUAAAUAUGCUACUUGUUCUUUCUUGAGCAUUAUGAAAAGGUAAACUACAAUAGUCAAAAUCUAAGUUCAUUAAUUUCACCUUCAAGCUUAUACUUUUCCUUGCGGUUGGCUGACAGGGACAGGGAACUCUCUGACUCCGUCCCGUUACAACGACAUGCUCACUUAGAUCAUUUCCAUCCUGCAAAAUUUUCAAUCUGUGACCAAGAUUCAACCACCUACUGCUAUUAUACUUCAUAAAUCUAACAUUGGCUUAUAUUUUCUACUAUUGACUUUCAUAAAAUAUGGCCUAUAAAUCAAUCAAAAUCUCCACCAUUAGGAAAAAACAUCACAUCCUUCCAUGGCCAAAUCACCCCUAAUCCUCCUCUUCUCCACACUCCUCCUCCUCUCAUCACCACUCCCCACUCUCUCCUCAGAUCCUGAUCCACUGCAAGACUUCUGCAUUGCUGAUCUCCAGUCCCCCAUCUCCAUAACCGGCUUCCCCUGCAAACCGACCUCAAACGUGACCUCAAACGACUUCUUCUUCGACGGCCUAGCCAAAGAGGGUGACACCAAUAGCCCCUUUGGCAGCAGUGUGUUGCAGGGCAAUGUUCUUGCAUUUCCAGCACUGAACACUCUAGGACUCUCGAUGAACAGAGUCGAUAUAGCCCCCGGUGGCCUCAAUCCUCCCCACUCGCACCCCCGGGCUACAGAGACGGGCGUGGUCAUCCAGGGGAAGCUGCUUGUGGGGCUGAUCUCCACCUCCAACGUGUUCUACGCGAAGAACUUGACUGCAGGGGAGAUGUUUGUGAUCCCGAGAGGGCUGGUGCAUUUUCAGAAGAAUAUUGGAGAGGAGAAAGCACUGAUUUUCACUGCUUUCAAUAGCCAUUUGCCUGGUGCUGUUAUUGUCUCUCUGAAUCUGUUUGGCUCGCGGCCUUCCGUGCCUACCGAUGUCCUGACCAAAGCUUUUCAAGUUGAUCAAUCUGUGGUUGAUCAAAUCAAGUCCAAGUUUGGUUGAAAAGUUCUGUCUUUUUAGUGUUUUUACUUCUGAAUAAUGAUCUUUGGCAGCAACAUAUUGCUAGAUGUAAGAUUGUAUUUUUAUUUUUGUGUUAUUUUGAUGUUGUUUGUCUCAGUGUGGAAAUAUUGAAUUAAUAAACAAAAAAAGGCAUCAUUGUUUCUGGAAAUAUGACAUGCUGGUUUCAUUAAGUCAAUGAUGAACAAUGUUGCCUCAUUUUUUAUUGGUUUCUGAAA